GGGCAGUCGAGCGCAAGCGACCGGAAGCCACUUUAAAGCAGAGCUCGAGGUGACAGGCGAGCGAUCGGGAUCCGGAGUGCGGUCGCUGCUCUCUGCGCUCGCGGCGGCGGAAUGGCCGGUGUGCCGCUCCGGGUGUCUCCAGCCUGCGACCCCUAGAAACCCAAGCCUGCUCUCCGCGCCGACCCCCGGGCGGACGCUGCCCGCGUAUCGGCAGCGCCGCAACUCGGCUCCUGUGCUCGGUUCUCUCAGGCUGCCAGCUCAGGAUUUUGUAGACUCUGAGGAGCAGUUGGAGCUGAUCCACAUCAUGGAAAUGGAAACCACCGAACCUGAGCCAGACUGUGUGGUGCAGCCGCCCUCUCCUCCUGAUGACUUCUCAUGCCCAGUGAGACUCUCUGACAAGAUCACUCCAUUGAAGACUUGUUUUAAGAAAAAGGAUCAGAAGAGAUUGGGAACUGGAACCCUGAGAUCUUUGAGGCCGAUAUUAAACACUUUGCUGGAAUCUGGAUCACUUGGUGGAGUUUUUAGACCUAGAAACCAGAAUGCAGAUGAAAGCGGCUUGCAUGAACCUAUGGUGAAAAAAACCCUGGAAAUCAAUCCAUCGUGCCCGCCAGCAGAUAAUAACAUGUCUGUCUUGAUUCCUGAGGAGACAAGUGUCGGGGACCAAAUACCAGAAGCUCGUCCUUCCACUGAUGCUCCAGAACAAGUGGUUCCAAUCCAGGAUCACAGCUUUCCACCAGAAACCAUCAGUGGGACAGUGGCAGAUUCUACAGGAGGGCACUUCCAGACUGACCUUUUACACCCAGUUUCAAGUGAUGUUCCUAUUAGUCCUGACUGCAUAGACAAGGUCAUGGAUUAUGUCCCAGGGGUUUUCCAAGACAACAGUUAUACAAUCCAGUACAUUUUGGACACCAGCGAUAAGUUGAGUACCGAGCUCUUUCAGGACAAAAGUGAGGAGGCUUCUCUUGACCUUGUAUUUGAACUGGUGAACCAGUUACAGUACCAUACUCACCAAGAGAAUGAAAUUGAAAUUUGCAUGGACUUUUUGCAAGGCAUAUGUAUUUAUGGCAGGGAUUGUUUGAAGCACCACACGGUCUUGCCCUAUCAUUGGCAGAUCAAGAGGACAACUACCCAAAAGUGGCAGAGUGUAUCCAAUGAUUCCCAGGAGCACUUGGAAAGAUUUUACUGCAAUCCAGAGAAUGAUAGGAUGAGAAUGAAGUAUGGAGGACAAGAAUUUUGGGCAGAUUUGAAUGCCAUGACCGUAUAUGAAACAACUGAAUUUGACCAGCUACGAAGGCUGUCCACACCACCUUCUAGCAAUGUCAAUGCUAUCUACCAUACAGUCUGGAAGUUCUUCUGUAGGGACCACUUUGGAUGGAGAGAAUAUCCUGAGACUGUUAUUCGGUUGAUUGAAGAAGCCAACUCUCGGGGUCUGAAAGAGGUCCGGUUUAUGAUGUGGAACAACCACUACAUCCUCCACAACUCAUUCUUCAGGAGAGAAAUAAAAAGGAGACCCCUCUUCCGCUCCUGCUUUAUACUGCUUCCAUAUUUACAGACACUUGGUGGUGUUCCCACCCAGGCUCCUUCACCUAUGGAAACAACCUCAUCCUCACAAAUCAUCUGCCCAGAUGGGGUCACCUCAGCAAACUUUUACCCUGAAACUUGGGUUUAUAUGCAUCCAUCUCAGGACUUUAUCCAAGUGCCUGUUUCUGCAGAGGACAAAAGUUAUCGAAUCAUUUAUAAUCUUUUUCAUAAGACUGUGCCUGAGUUUAAAUACAGAAUUUUACAAAUAUUGAGAGUCCAAAACCAAUUUCUUUGGGAGAAAUAUAAAAGGAAAAAAGAAUAUAUGAACAGGAAAAUGUGUGGCCGUGACAGAAUCAUAAAUGAGAGACAUUUAUUUCACGGCACAUCCCAGGAUGUGGUGGAUGGAAUCUGCAAGCACAACUUUGACCCUCGAGUCUGUGGAAAGCAUGCUACGAUGUUUGGACAAGGCAGUUACUUUGCGAAGAAAGCAAGCUACUCUCACAACUUUUCUAAGAAAUCCUCCAAAGGAGUCCAUUUCAUGUUUCUGGCCAAAGUGCUAACUGGCAGAUACACGAUGGGGAGUCACGGCAUGAGAAGACCUCCUCCUGUCAACCCUGGCAGUGUCACCAGUGACCUGUAUGACUCUUGUGUGGAUAAUUUCUUUGAGCCUCAGAUUUUCGUCAUUUUUAAUGAUGACCAGAGUUACCCUUAUUUUGUUAUCCAAUAUGAAGAAGUCAGUAACACUGUUUCCAUUUGAAAAAUCUCGGUACUGCUAAAUUAUUUGAUACGAACUCAGUCCAGCAUUUGUAGCAGGUCUUGGAUGGGUGGGACAGAGUGGGAAACAGCUUUGGGCGUUAAUGGGGCACUUUUAAGACCAAUUUUUUGUAAGUGCUAGAAAGUAAAAGUUUUUUCAAAGAAAAACAAGUUUUAAAAUGACCACUUAUUCUUUAAUUAUUUACUAAUUAUUGUUAGUGUACUCGAUGUGGGAAAGACUACAGAUGGCAUACUCAUCAUUUACACUUGUACAUAUAGGCAGCAAUGUUAUUAAAAGCAUUUUUUUUUAAGAGAACAGCCUAACUAAUUAAAUGUGACUUAAGCCUGGUAGGAAUUUGGCCAAAUGAAAUGGAAGCUGUGAACAGAGUGAGGAGUCGGGCUAUUUACAAUGAUUAAACUGACUGGAACUAGUACCGUCACACGUACACCCUGUCCGAAGCAGAGAGAAACAUUUCUAUCAGCAGGACUGAAAUGUGGCACCCAACCAAAGAUUAUCCAUGACUUUAACUUUUGUAGAGUCGGCCUGAAAAAUUCAGACCUGUUUAGAGGAAGUUU